AUGGGUGAGAACACGAAAGCUUUAUUGGUCCGGUUCGACGCUCAUGGAAAAUCGGCAAAAUCCGAACUCGUCCAGCAGACGGAUAUUACCGCUGCGACUGUGAACAAGGCAACCACAAGCGAAAGGAUCGCUACACAAAGCACAAUUGCUGUACAGGAAUUUACUGAAGCAUUUUCCACGUUAACCACAGCAGGACUCGUGCAUCAGGCAGACAGUACCGUAAUGACUGUGAACACAUCAGCCACAAGUGAAAACACCUUACUGCAAAACACAUCUGCUGCACUGGAAUUUAGUGACGGAUUAUCAACAGGCACCACAGGAUUCGUGCAUCAGACAGACAUUGCCGCAGCGAAUGUGAACACUUCAACCACAAAUGAAAGCACCUCACAUCAAAGCCCAAUGUCUGCACAGGAAUUUAUUGAGGGAUUUUCAAGGUUAAUCACAGCCAAACUCGUCCAACAGUCAGAGAUUGACGCAGCGCCUGUGAACACAGCAACCACAAAAGAAAACAUCAGCCAAUUUCUGAAAAUGCUUUCCGAUGCUCUUGAGCAGAUAUGUAUAUUUUCUGCCAAUGUGGCUAUUUUCGCAGCUACGAAAAAUGUGUUGGCUUGA